AUGAAUUCUUCUGAAGCUUCAUGGUGGAAAGAGUCCACGAUUAGUGAAAUGGAUUCCAUCAAAGAAAAUGAUACGUGGGAGCUGUCAGAUUUACCUCCAGGGUGUAAAACCAUAGGAUGUAAAUGGGUUUUCAGGAGGAAACGUAAAAUAGAUGGAACUUUUGAAAAAUACAAGGCUAGGUUAGUAGCUAAAGUCUAUAAACAAAAGGAAGGUGUAGAUUUCUUUGACGCCUACUCAGCUGUUACGAGAAUUACUUCUAUUAGGAUGUUGAUUGUUAUAGCUGCAGUUCAUAAACUAGAGAUACAUCAAAUGGAUAUAAUCCCAAGAAGUCAGGCUCCUCAUCAAAUAUUUCUCUCUUUUCUUCUUCAUUGUUCUAGUUUAACCCUAACAAUUUUUUAUCUUUUUUAUCAUCAGCGCAAAUUUAAAAGCCAAGACGGAAAUAUCGAUGUUCCACUUCGUGAUUACUAUCGAACCGCUGGUUCUCUCCUUAAACAGGCAAAUGGCUCUAGGGAGGAGGGGAACAUUAUUGAUUUGUAUAUUACACUUAAUAGGUUUUCAAGUUUGGUGGAGGAAACUAUUCCAUGCCAACCAGAUUACCUUGACACACUUGCAAAGAAAAGAUCUGUUUAUAGGAAAAAACUUUCAGCUGUGAUGUCUGAGCUUCGAUCUAUCAAGCCGGAUGUUUAUCGUCGAGUGACAGAAUUGAAUAAAGCGUAUUAUCAUUCACAAUCUGCUGAUUCGACUAACCAGAAAAUUACGUCUGACCUGGAGACUAGUCAGCUGUACCCAACUGGCAGAAGCGCAUCUCAGGCCUCAUCAAGGCACAACAACCUUUUCUCAAGGCACAACAACAGUUUUCAGACUGUUUCAUCAAACAACAUGCACAUUGGGAUGCAGUUUCCAAAGAUGUAUGUAUCCUGUUUUACUUUACAUCAAGACAUGUUUCCCACAAUUUUUAGUACAACAUUUGUGUAUGCCAAUAAUAGAUUUUCUGAACAUUUCUCAUACUCUCAUUUAACUCUGAAAUUUCAUGAGUUCUUUAGCAUGUUUUAUGUGGUUCUUCUCGCCAAUCUGCCAGUGAUAACAUUGUUAAAGUUGGGCCAAGUGCUUUUCUUACUGAUGGUUUUAUCUCCGGAUCAUUCAGCCUACCUCCUCCAAAAGAGGAAACAUUGUCCAGGUGUCCAAUUUUUGGCCCAAAUGGAGUUGAUAAAUCUACAAUGGACAAGGUUCUUCCAUUGGAUGAUGGUAGAUGGUCAAGAUCUGCAGAGGGAUCAUGUUCUAGUGCCUGCAAAUAUGAUGGAAGGUUUCUUGAGGUUGGCCCAAGAAAAUACAAAGAAAAAUUUAGAAACAUGUGGAGUUCUUGCUGGUAAAAUGGAAAACAAAGUAUUCCAUAUUACCACACUGAUAAUUCCAAAGCAGGAGGCAACUUCAGACUCCUGCUCGGCGAUGAACGAAGAAGAAUUAUUUGAGUUUCAAGAUAAGCUCUCCAUUUUCCCCCUUGGGUGGAUUCAUAUAAUGUUACCUGAAGCUAUUGCGAUUGUCAUGGCCCCUUCAGAUACUUACAGACAGCAUGGGAUAUUCCAUUUAUCUGAUCCUGGCGGUGUCUCCUUGAUUCGUCAUUGUCAACAACGUGGCUUUCAUGCACAUGAGGAGCCUUCUGACGGUAGUCCUAUUUAUGAGCAUUGUUCACAUGUUUACAUGAAUCCUAAAUUGAAGUUCGAGAUUGUGGAUCUUCGCUGAGGUCAAAGCUUAGUUUCUAGUAAUAACAACAGUAAAUAUUAAAUGUUUGUUCCUGACAAACUUACAUAGAAAGUGUGAAGUUAAGACACCCUUGACACUGGAAUCAUGGUUCCAUUUGGAAACUUCGUUAUCAACUCUGUAUACACAUUCCACACUGAACUGAAAAAAUAUAUAAAACAGUGAACUGAUUUUUAUACCUACA